CGCAUCUCGUCAGCUCACCACAUCUCUAACGUCCUCAACCCACCCAAAACCCGUUUUCGAACCCGAAACUUUCAACUCUCUCAAAAUGACUGGCGGCAAAUCCGGUGGUAAGGCCUCAGGCUCCAAGAGCUCCGCUCAAUCUCGCUCGUCUAAAGCCGGUCUGGCUUUCCCCGUCGGUCGUGUUCAUCGUUUGUUGAGGAAAGGCAACUACGCUCAGCGUGUUGGUGCUGGUGCUCCUGUUUAUCUCGCGGCUGUUCUCGAAUACCUUGCUGCUGAAAUUCUCGAGCUCGCUGGUAACGCCGCUCGUGAUAACAAGAAGACGCGUAUCAUUCCUCGUCAUCUUCAGUUAGCUAUCCGCAAUGACGAGGAGUUGAACAAGCUACUUGGGCAUGUCACUAUUGCACAGGGUGGUGUUCUGCCAAACAUUCAUCAAAACCUUCUUCCCAAGAAGACUGCCAAGGCAGGCAAGGGCCCUUCGCAAGAAUUGUAGACUUGUUUUGUUUGAUGUUUUAUGGGCGCGGCUUGGUGUUUCAUGCAAUGAUAACGGGGUUCGGUUGGGUCUUGGGUUUACGGUCUUCAUAUCGUACUGCAUAAUAGCAGUAGGGCUGUAUAUUACUUCCAUAAUCAUGGAUGAAAUCUGAUGAGAUUAACACAUUCGUCCUUUGUGGACUUAACCGUGCCUGAUUUGCGUUUUUCAACUAAUCGCCACUAAUGCGCCAUGUAUUCCAAGUAAGCAUAAGGUUUUUACAUAGCAAGACAGGUUGUCAAGAUUAUUAUCAUUGAAUGCGAUGCAAGAAUCUCCAGGAAACCGUCGACAAAUCUA